CUGCCCUCCGCUCCGAUGGGGCCGCGUUUGUCUCGACAACAACCCCCACCCCCACCCUGCGGGGAGAGUGGAGCGAGGCCAAGCGCGGGGGUCACUAAAGAAGAGCACGCCACUGUCAUCUCUGAGUCACAAGGUGACGGAGGCGGUGCUGGUGAAUCGGGGAAAAGCACAAUCGUCAAGCAAAUGAAGAUCAUCCACGAAGCGGGCUACUCAGAAGAGGAAUGUAAGCAGUACAAAGCCGUGGUCUACAGCAACACCAUUCAGUCCAUCAUAGCCAUCAUCAGGGCCAUGGGACGCCUCAAGAUCGAGUUUGGUGACGCCGCAAGAGCUGACGAUGCGCGGCAGCUGUUUGUGCUGGCCGGCUCCGCAGAGGAGGGCUUCAUGACGGCCGAGCUGGCUGGGGUCAUCAAGCGGCUCUGGAAGGACGGCGGCGUCCAGGCCUGCUUCAGCCGCUCCCGCGAGUAUCAGCUCAACGACUCGGCAGCAUACUACUUGAACGAUCUGGACAGGAUAUCCCAGGCCACCUACAUCCCGACCCAGCAGGAUGUCCUGCGGACCCGAGUCAAAACCACGGGCAUCGUGGAGACGCACUUCACGUUCAAAGACCUGCACUUCAAAAUGUUUGAUGUUGGCGGUCAGCGAUCUGAGAGGAAGAAGUGGAUCCACUGCUUUGAGGGCGUGACCGCCAUCAUUUUCUGCGUGGCCCUGAGCGAUUACGACCUGGUGCUGGCUGAAGACGAAGAGAUGAACCGAAUGCAUGAAAGCAUGAAGCUGUUCGACAGCAUCUGCAACAACAAGUGGUUCACAGACACUUCAAUCAUCCUCUUCCUCAACAAAAAGGACCUGUUUGAGGAGAAAAUCAAGAAAAGUCCUCUCACUAUCUGUUACCCAGAGUACGCCGGCUCCAACACAUACGAGGAAGCGGCCGCCUACAUCCAGUGUCAGUUCGAGGACCUGAACAAGAGGAAGGACACCAAGGAGAUCUACACCCACUUCACCUGCGCCACAGACACAAAGAACGUGCAGUUUGUCUUUGACGCCGUCACCGACGUCAUCAUCAAGAACAACCUGAAAGACUGCGGGCUCUUCUGAAGACUGCAACAGAGAAGACCACCCGUUUGUUGUUUUUUGGCAGAGGAGCCAGCCUAUUGUGCAACGUUGGCGGGGAAGAUGAGAGGAGUCGGGAGGAUGCGUGAUGGACCAGUGCUGUACUAUAUGCCACUUUUAACAGCUUUAUUUAUGUUUUUUGUCUCGAAGCAUUUUCAACUAGCGUUACUACAUUAGUGUAGGAUAUUUGUAUAAUUGUAAAAGCGUCCCUGCAGAGUUUCCCCCUUUUUUUUUCUUGUUUUUUUUUCUUCUUUUUUACAAUUUUGUUUGCGUUUUGCUGUUUCUUUGUGCAGCCGUUUUCUGGAAAAGGAAACUUUGCCGUUGGUGGAAAUGCUCCUUUUCUUCUUUUCUUGCUACUACAAGGGAGGAAAAGGGGCUCGGCCCUGAGUCCAGUUUGUUGGUACCUGUGCCUUCGCAUGCCUUUCACUGCGCUCGUAGUCUCCAUGCUUGUUCUGUUGCCUGCUGACAUGUGCUAGACAUAAAGAGGUAAACUGUUUUCAUUUGUUAGUGUCUGCUACCUUAUAUGUGCACACCACUGAGCUAUCGGGAGGAGGAAGAUUUCCCUCUGGUUUAAAGGUACAUGGGUCUCCAUGGUGACCAACAUGUAGCCUCCACAAUCCCCUAACCCAAUCCCAAUACCUGCCAUGAUGAUGUGGGCCCUUAUCGCCCUUCACGCAGUACAACGCUGAGAUGUAUAUUGUUACAUUCGCCCCACGAAUCGGGGGCUCUGGUUUUUAAACAGUGUAUAAAAUAUGAAAUCCUCCCAAUCAUCUAGACAGCGGUUAGUCGAGGAAUCGAGCUUCUAAUAUACCCAAGUGUUUUAAAUACAGAGACCAGAUUUGGCACAUUUUAUUGUAUAUUUUAAUGUAUUUGGAAGAGGAGUCGUAGAGGUUUUGGUGUCGAGGAGAGACUAAACUACAGGAUGGAUUGUUGGGGAGCCGAACGAGCAGUCGGACACGAUUUAUACUUAGGAUAUAUCGCAGAUUAUGUCCGAUCGCUGGCGCAGGUGGAAGAUAGAUGAAGCCUUUUCCUUUCCGCGAUGGAAACCGAGAGGGCCGAGGUGGUCGGGUCCGUAGAUCAGUGAGACUCUGCCGGAUCUGUCCGUGUAAAGAAACUGCACCAACUGUCCAUGUGUGAGUGUGUACGUUCUCCGUGGAAGGAGAAUCUUUGUAGACUCAUCUCCCUUAUUUUGCUAAUAAAAAAAAAACAUUUACAAAUCACUCGGGAGUCGUGGCAUCUUUCUAAAUGACUUCCACAAAAGAGCGCCUGUGU